UAGCAAGAUCGCUGAUUUUUUGUGGAUAGUUGCUUUCGACAUCAAUACAUAUUUCGCAGCAGUAUUCUGCGAAUAACGAGUAGAUUGUUAUUCCUCUCAAACACAAUACAAAUAAAAAAAACAUGUGUAAGCAUAUUUUAUUGUUCAUUAUUGUGAUACUUUAUUGUUUCAAUGCCUUUGAGGCACAAACUACAGAUAAAAAAUGUGCUCAAAAUAAUGAAUAUUGUCUAACCCAUAGAGAUUGCUGUUCGGGAAGCUGUUUAAGCUUCUCUUAUAAAUGUGUACCAGUGCCAGCAGGUGCUUCAGUGAGUACUGUAUUAGUACCAGUCAGGCCAGCCCCAAUAGACACAGAAAAUCGGUUUGGAGGUGAUGACGGCGGUGCCAGCUUGACCCAAAAAACAUGUGCACUCAAUGGAGAAUAUUGUUUAACGCAUGCAGAGUGCUGUUCGGGCAACUGUUUGACUUUCUCCUAUAAAUGCGUGGCCUUGAAUCCACCUGGCUCAACGGAGACCGUGUCUAAAGAUUCAACGUCACAAAAUUCAAUGGUUAAUUUUACGAAUCGUGUUGGUGAAGAUACUUCAGUAAACUCUGCAACAAAUUCUCCUUCAACUCAAAAGAAUUGUGCCGGUAUUGGAGAAUAUUGUCUAACGUCUUCGGAAUGCUGCUCUAAAAGUUGUUUAAGCUUCGCGUAUAAAUGCGUCAACAGGUAUGACCUUUAUGCUGGCGCUGAUCUAAAUCCAUCAACAUCUCCAAUUUCUACCGCUAAUCGAUUCGGGGAUUCAUCAGUAGAUCCAAACACAGGAACACGUAAAUGCACAUCCAAUGGACUAUACUGCUUCCACAAUAAAGAGUGCUGUUCGGGGGCGUGCUACAAAUCAAUAUGUUCUACUGAGAUCCGACUUGGUGUACCAGAGUCGGAAUUAACCCGACCAUCGGUAGCUAAUGGACCCUACAUUCCCGUAAAUAAUUUGGAUGAUCUCAUUUCUCGGUUUGGUGGACAAAUUUCGACAACCGAGCAAAGUCUUCAGCGUCAAGAAAGGCGUUGUAAAAUUAUUGGUGAUGUCUGCAAUCGGCAUGAAGAUUGUUGCUCCUCAAACUGCCAUUCAUACAGACGAAAGUGCGUCAAUUAAUAUAAGUCUUACAGAUUACAAAUAAACACAUACAUUUGUCUGUACAUUCGAGAAUUUGUCAAAAAGCUCUGCUCAUUAUACCUUCGUUUUGAUUUUAUUAGUCAAUAUAAAAUGAAUGCAAAUAAAUAUAAACAGAUACGACAUACAUGAAAUAUCCUGUUUUCUGAUUGUGUAUACAAAAGCUGCAUUGUUCACAAUAAAACAUAAUUUAUAUACGGAAAAAUACAAAACUAAACU